AAACAUAUUAAAGUAACAAAUAUAUUUAUAUAUAGCAAGGUUUUAGUUAAUUCUUCUACUAUAGUGUUUCAAUAACACUCUUCCCUUAACAUAGCAACUAGCAAGGUUUAGUUAAUUCUUCUAGCUUAGCCAGCAUUCUUCUUUUACAUGACCCAUGAAACAAAAACAAAAUUAUUAACUUUUUUUAAAAAUGGAGGCAUUUCAAGUAGCAAGUGGAGGAGUUGUUAUGCAACUUGAGUUUGUUUGGAAUCAUAUCAGAGAAGCUUUGGUCGUACCAAUACUGAAAGUGGCAGUGUUUCUAUGCUUAGGCAUGUUAUUGAUGGAUUUUGUUGAGAAAGUUUUCAUGGGAAUUGCCAUUUGUUUUGUGAAGUUGUGUGGUAGAAAACCAGAGAAACGUUAUAAAUGGGAGACUAUUAAGGAUGAUGAUGUUGAAUUGGGUAACUCUAAUUAUCCAAUGGUUCUUGUCCAAAUUCCAAUGUACAAUGAAAGAGAGGUUUAUCAGCUAUCAAUUGGUGCUGCAUGUGGACUCUCAUGGCCUUCCGAUAGAAUCAUCAUACAAGUUCUUGAUGAUUCAACUGAUCCAACAAUUAAGGAGUUGGUGCAAGUGGAAUGCCGUAAAUGGGAAAGUAAAGGUGUGAACAUAAACUAUGAAGUUAGGGACAACAGAAAUGGGUACAAAGCAGGAGCUUUAAGGGAGGGAAUAAAGCAUAGCUAUGUCACACAAUGCGAUUAUGUUGCCAUCUUUGAUGCUGAUUUUCAACCAGAACCUGAUUUUCUCAGCCAAACCAUCCCUUUUCUUCUCAAUAAUUCGGAAAUUGGUCUCGUUCAAGCUCGCUGGACAUUUGUGAAUGCAGAUGAAUGUUUGAUGACUAGAAUGCAACAAAUGUCACUUGAUUACCAUUUUAAGGUGGAACAAGAAGUGGGGUCUUCCACUUACGCUUUCUUUGGCUUCAAUGGGACUGCAGGUGUGUGGAGAAUUUCAGCACUUAAUGAAGCUGGUGGGUGGAAAGAUAGGACCACCGUUGAAGACAUGGAUUUGGCUGUCCGUGCUAGCCUCAAAGGAUGGAAAUUCUUAUACCUCUCUAGUGUACAGGUUAAAAAUGAAUUGCCAAGUACUUUAAAGGCCUAUAGGUAUCAACAACACAGAUGGUCAUGUGGGCCAGCUAAUCUUUUUAGGAAAGUGGCUAUGGAGAUUUUCACAAAUAAGAAAGUGUCUUUGUGGAAGAAGUUUCAUGUUGUUUACAGUUUUUUCUUUGUUGCGAAGAUUGUGGUCCACAUAAAUACAUUUAUGUUCUAUUGCAUUGUGUUACCUAUAACUGUUAUGGUGCCUGAGGUUAUUGUCCCUAAAUGGAGUUGCGUUUAUUUCCCGUGCAUCAUCACCCUUUUAAAAGCUGUUGGAACUCCAAGGUCAUUCUAUUUACUUAUCUUUUGGGUUCUCUUUGAAAAUACCAUGUCUCUUCAUCGAACAAAGGCAACAAUUAUUGGUCUAUUAGAGGCUAAUAGAGUGAAUGAAUGGGUUGUCACUGAAAAACUUGGAGAUGCUCUUAAGGACAAAGCUGGUGGCAAUAAAGUUCACAAAAAACAUCGAUUUAGCAUUGGAGACAGGAUUCACAUGACAGAACUUUUCGUUGGAUUCUACCUCCUAUAUUGUGGAUGCUAUGAUUUUAUGUAUGGAAAAAAUUACUUUUUCAUAUUCCUAUUCAUGCAAGCGAUUGCUUUCUUCAUCCUAGCAUUUGGAUAUGUCGGCAUUUUUGUUCCCAACACCUAGAAGACCUUGGUUGAUAUAUUCAUUGAGAUUAAUGUAAUAUAAUGUUCAUUAUUCACAACAUCAUCUGUAACAUUAGAAAAAGUUAUUUAUAUUGAUUUAGAAAGAAAUUAUACCAAAACAUUUUAAUUUGUAAACGUACCCUAGGAACUCCUUUUUGAAUUUUUAAUACUUUCAUUCUUUUUCCUUUAGAUUGUAUUGUUUGAAUAGAUACGCAGCUUCAGAUUAUACAAAGUGUAUAAUGUUGAUCUCAUUUUUGCAUGUA